AUGGCGCAAGCUACCAACAUGGCGCACAAGCUCCACUCGCCCAAAAUCCCGACCCCCAAUGCUAAUAACAGAUAUUCUGUUUCGAGCUCGCGUUCGUUGUCUUUCGGUUUUAAUUCGUCGAAAAAAUCGUGGGCUCUGUAUAAAAAAUCGACAUUUACGGUCGAGAGGACAAGUCAAUUGAAGGUUUUGGCCUCGGUCGCGACGGCGGAAAAGCCGUCCACGGUGCCGGAGAUCGUGCUGCAGCCCAUCAAAGAAAUCUCCGGCACCGUUAGAUCGCCUGGAAAGGCUUUUGUUGAAGGUGAUGCAUCGAGCGCCAGUUACUUUUUAGCUGGUGCAGCUAUUACUGGUGGAACUAUUACUGUCGAAGGCUGUGGAACAAGCAGUUUGCAGGGUGAUGUUAAAUUUGCUGAGGUUCUUGAGAAAAUGGGAGCUAAAGUUACGUGGACUGAGAAUAGUGUCACCGUAAAAGGGCCUCCACGUGAUGAGUUCGGUAAAAAGCAUUUGCAAGCAAUUGAUAUAAACAUGAACAAAAUGCCUGAUGUUGCCAUGACUCUUGCUGUUGUGGCUCUCUUUGCUGAUGGACCUACUGCUAUUAGAGAUGUGGCCAGCUGGAGGGUUAAAGAAACUGAAAGGAUGAUUGCCAUUUGCACAGAACUUAGGAAGUUAGGGGCAACAGUUGAGGAAGGGCCCGAUUACUGUAUAAUAACUCCGCCCGAGAAACUAAACGUGACAGCUAUAGACACAUCCCCGCCGUCCUCCGCCGCCGCCUCCUCCUCCUCCUCCUCCGGGCCGUCGGAUCUCUCUAGAAGAUCCCUCCGGACCAGCUUCUACGGCGGCCCAGAAUUCGAGAAGAAGGUUCGGGACUCCGCCAAAAUCCGUUCAAGCAAUGGGAUUUCCGUCCUGGUGACCGGGGCCGCCGGUUUCGUCGGCACCCACGUCUCCGCCGCCCUCAAGCGCCGGGGCGACGGCGUUCUGGGCCUCGAUUCUUUCAACCACUAUUACGAUCCGUCUCUCAAGCGGGCCAGGCAGGCCCUCCUCGAGCGCACAGGGGUUUACAUCGUAGAGGGCGACAUAAAUGACGCGAAAUUGCUGAAAAGGCUCUUUGAUAUCGUCCCCUUCACUCACGUCAUGCAUUUAGCAGCGCAGGCCGGCGUUAGGUACGCCAUGGAAAACCCCGGUUCGUACGUGCACAGCAAUAUUGCGGGAUUUGUUAACCUGCUCGAGGUUUGCAAGGGCGUUAACCCUCAGCCCGCCAUUGUUUGGGCUUCAAGCAGCUCGGUUUACGGUCUGAACACAAAGGUACCAUUUUCCGAGAGGGAUAGAACUGAUCAGCCGGCGAGCUUGUACGCCGCGACUAAAAAAGCCGGUGAGGAGAUUGCUCACACUUAUAACCACAUAUAUGGGCUUUCCUUAACGGGGCUGAGGUUCUUCACGGUAUACGGGCCUUGGGGAAGGCCCGACAUGGCUUACUUCUUCUUCACCAAAGAUAUCUUGAAAGGGAAGUCUAUACCAAUCUUUGAGGCUGCUAAUCAUGGUACUGUGGCUAGGGACUUCACGUACAUUGACGAUAUUGUAAAGGGCUGUUUGGGCGCUUUGGAUACAUCGGAAAAGAGUACGGGCAGUGGGGGGAAGAAGAAAGGCACGGCUCAACUGAGAGUGUAUAAUUUGGGGAAUACUUCUCCUGUGCCCGUCUCGGAUCUUGUGAGCAUUUUGGAGCGUUUGCUUAAAGUGAAGGCGAAAAGGAUGGUUAUGAAGCUGCCUAGGAAUGGUGAUGUUCAGUUUACGCACGCUAAUAUUAGCUUGGCUCAGAGGGAGCUCGGUUAUAAGCCGACGACUGAUUUGCAGACGGGCUUGAAGAAAUUUGUCCGGUGGUACCUUUCUUACUAUAAAGGGCAAAAGAGCGCGCAGUGA